AUGUAUGAUGAUUUGGAAGCAAUGAAUGACACUAUGAACAAGGGAGGUGAAGUUGUUAUGGUUGAUCUGACUGAUGUGUUUAGCACCAAUAUGAUGUUUGAUACGCGAGAUGAUUUAUUAAAAUGGGCUAGAAAUGUUGGAAGGGAAAAUAGAAUUGUCGUUGUUAUUUUUAGAUUCGAAACUGCGACAACACGACCAAGAACAAAGACAAAAUUAAUUCUUGGUUGUGAAAGAAGCAGUAAAUAUAGACCUUCGAAGAAUCUUAAACCUACGAGGAGUUCUUGGAGUAGAAAAUGUGAAUGUCCAUUUACACUGAGAGGUCAUGCUUUCUUAGGCCGAUUGUCUCAGGAAGAGAAAGUUGUACUUGGUGAUAUGACGAAAAAUAUGAUCAAACCAAGAAACAUAUUGAUGACAAUAAAGGAUCAUAAUGUUACAAGUUUGACGACAAUAAAACAAGUUUAUAAUCCACGUCAAGCAUAUCGUUCAUCACUUAGAGGUAAUAGAACAUAA